GCGGGGCGGGGCGGGGGCGGGGCCGAGCGAGAGACCAGAGCCGGAGCGGGAGCCCGAGCCGCCGCCGCCGCCGCCGCCAUGCGCCGGCCUGGGCCCACGUGCUGCGCGCUGCUGCUAGUCCUGGGGCUCUGCCGGGCGCGCCUCCGGAACGCACUGCUGCUCCUCGCGGAUGACGGAGGCUUUGAGAGUGGUGCGUACAACAACAGCGCCAUCGCCACCCCGCACCUGGACGCCUUGGCCCGCCGCAGUCUGCUCUUCCACAACGCCUUCACCUCGGUCAGCAGCUGCUCUCCCAGCCGCGCCAGCCUCCUCACUGGCCUGCCCCAGCAUCAGAAUGGGAUGUACGGGCUGCACCAGGAUGUGCACCACUUCAACUCCUUCGACAAGGUGCAGAGCCUGCCGCUGCUGCUCAGCCAAGCUGGUGUGCGCACAGGCAUCAUCGGGAAGAAGCAUGUGGGGCCGGAGGCCGUGUACCCGUUUGACUUUGCUUACACGGAGGAGAACGGCUCCGUCCUCCAGGUGGGACGGAACAUCACCAGAAUUAAGCUCCUCGUCCGGAAAUUCCUGCAGACUCAGGACGACCGGUAUGAGUCGGGGCCCCUGCCCCUUCCCCCUGGCAGCUGGUCCCAGAGCACAGCCUGGAGUCUUCAAGCGGGAUGCAUGGGCCCCCACGUGGCUGGAAUGGGGGCAGGGAGAAGGUUCCAGGUACUUGAAUUAGCCUGGUCAGAGGGAGAAGAGACCUGGGGAAACCAAGGCAGUGAGGGUCACAGAUUGACUCCCAGAUACAGAGGAGGAGGCAGAGCCGAGGGGCUUCCUGUGCCAGGCGGCAUUGGCCCCACAGCCUUGGCAAUGAGCCCCCUCCCGUGCAGGCCUUUCUUCCUCUACAUUGCCUUCCAUGAUCCCCACCGCUGCGGGCACUCCCAGCCCCAGUACGGAACCUUCUGUGAGAAGUUUGGCAACGGAGAGAGCGGCAUGGGUCGUAUCCCAGACUGGACGCCCCAGGCCUAUGACCCACUGGACGUGCUGGUGCCUUACUUCGUUCCCAACACCCCGGCAGCCCGAGCCGACCUUGCCGCUCAGUACACCACCAUCGGCCGCAUGGACCAAGGAGUUGGACUUGUGCUCCAGGAGCUGCGUGAUGUGGGUGUCCUGAACGACACACUGGUGAUCUUCACAUCCGACAACGGGAUCCCCUUCCCCAGCGGCAGGACCAACCUGUACUGGCCGGGCACUGCUGAACCCUUACUGGUGUCAUCCCCGGAGCACCCAAAACGCUGGGGCCAAGUCAGCGAGGCCUACGUGAGCCUCCUAGACCUCACGCCCACCAUCUUGGAUUGGUUCUCCGUCCCGUACCCCAGCUACGCCAUCUUUGGCUCGAAGACCAUCCACCUCACUGGCCGGUCCCUCCUGCCAGCGCUGGAGGCCGAGCCCCUCUGGGCCACCGUCUUUGGCAGCCAGAGCCACCACGAGGUCACCAUGUCCUACCCCAUGCGCUCCGUGCAGCACCGGAACUUCCGCCUCGUGCACAACCUCAACUUCAAGAUGCCCUUUCCCAUCGACCAGGAUUUCUACGUCUCACCCACCUUCCAGGACCUCCUGAACCGCACCACAGCUGGCCAGCCCACAGGCUGGUACAAGGACCUCCAUCAUUACUACUACCGGGCGCGCUGGGAACUCUACGACCAGAGCCGGGACCCCCACGAGACCCAGAACCUGGCUGCCGACCCGCGCUUUGCCCAGGUGCUGGAGAUGCUUCGGGCCCAGCUGACCAAGUGGCAGUGGGAGACCCACGACCCCUGGGUGUGUGCCCCCGACGGCGUCCUGGAGGAGAAGCUCUCUCCCCAGUGCCAGCCCCUCCACAACGAGCUGUGACCAUCCCAGGAGGCCUGUGCACACAUCUCAGGCAUGUCCCUGUGGCCGGCCAGCCUGGGGAGCACUCACAACAGCCCUUCCGUCUACACUCCCGUCCAAGGAGGGUUCUUCCUUCCUGUGGGGUCACUCCUGCCCGUGCCUGGAGGGGGACCAGAGCAUGUGCCCAGCCCCUCCACCACCGGGGCACUGCCAUCACAGCAGACGACACGGCCGUCCUCGUGUCUGAACCAUGUCCCGGCACAGGAAUUCUAGACGUGUGUGAUCUGUGGACAGGACGGCACCCCCAGCCCAUGACAAGGGAGUCUUGUUUUCUGGCUUGGUUUGGGGACCUGCAAAUGGGAGGCUUGAGGCCCUCUUUAGGCUUUGGCAGCCACAGAUACGUACGAGCCCUUCCCGGAGAGCAGGCAAGGGCUUCGGUGCCGUGUGGGCAGUACACAGGUCCCACCCACACUCACCUGGGGGCACGGCGCCUGGCUCUUACCAGCGUCUGGCCUAGAGGAAGCCUUUCAACCGUCUGUGGGCAGGUUUCUGCUUCUGUGUUGCCCCACGGUCAAGUACCUGGUCCCCAGGCAGGUUUCAGCUGAUUGGCGGCAGGCUCCCUGAGUGAUGAGCUUGAACCUGUGGUGUUUCUGGGCAGAAGCUUAUCUUUUUUGAGAGUGUCCUAAUUCUUGGGUGGCACUGGCAUUGCUGGGUGGCG